GAGCUGAAACUCCAUGAGAGAAAGGCGUGUUCUAUUGCAGUGUGCAGGAGGGAAUGAUUGGCUUAGCUACUUUGUCGAUAGCCGCCGCGACAGGGCAUAAUAUUUCAGCUUCCGUUCCUCCAGUCCCUCCGAUACUUAGAAGUCUCCCGACUCAUAGUAAUUCUAACUACCGGUUAACGACUUCCAUGAAACCUCGGGAUGGCCGAUAUACUUUCAGCUUUGAUCCUUUCCUCAAGCUUCACGCUUGAUACCGUUGAUUUACUCGCCAGGUCUGCUAUUCGAUCCUUCAUCUAUUUACGUUAUACGGGCCUUCUAGCAUAUUCCUUUUUCUCUUUGGAAGCCGCGCUACAUGGCGAAUAGAAGCCCAGGUUCUGGGCCAACUCAAAGAAGAGGAUGCGACGACUUUCAAAAAAUCGAUCCUUGAUGAAUGCACUAUGAUUUCAGUAGCUGCAGCUAUUGUAGCCCAAAUUGCUAUUACGGGAUUAUCAUUAGAUUCGUUAAGCCAGACCCAUUGGGUUGCUCGAGGAGCUUUUGUACUUAUCCUAACGUCUUCUCUCAUGGCAGUCUACUAUGCCACUACUCAGCAACGCAUGUUAGGACGGUUACUUCAAGCAGAACAAGUGGGGCUUUGGAUCCGUGGGGGUAACCGUGUCACGGACACCGCGAGGCUCGUUCCUUCUUUAGACGAAAUCGUCCAGAUGCUCAGAGAUAGAUGGGGACACCAAUCCUUGAUUGGUGAACAAACUCGCGCCGAACAUCAAGCACAACUGGAAGCACGCCUACUUAGGAUAGAAGAGGCUCGUCCUAAUGACCAGAGGGAUCCUACCUCUGAGGAGUCCCAUUUCAAUAUUAACGAUUUACUCGAUCCAAUGGCUCGGUUUGUGCUGUAUAAUAUGGGUGGGAACGUCUCGACCGACGACUUCAACCCAACUGAGAGGGACCGGAGGAAUUUUACAAGAAACAUCAUCAAGCUCAUGUGCAAUAUUAAGAAUAUGCCAAUCUCUUCGGCCUCCGCAAGUGGUCGUCAUAAUUAAGUUGGUGAAUCGUUAGAAACGGCUUCUCUCUGCGAAAUUGUAGAGCGCGAGGGGGAUAAUAAGCACGUAAUUGUAAAUAACUGUCUGGGGAGAAUGGCUUCGCUACUCCGUGCUAUUCAUGAAUGUCUCCUCAGUCGACCACUACAAGGUCCAUACUUCCGGCCAUGAUAGAUGAAUAUGGAAGGGCAAUCCGAAAGCCUUUGAAUUUCCCCAUGAGCAUCCACUAAGUGUGGCAGCUCCAAAGACUUGGUUAGCGUCCACAUGGCAGGUGUGUUAGAAGAAGGUAUCACAGUGGCUUAAGCAGCGUAAGAAGCUGUUGGGUUUAGCAGCCUAAACAACCACUACUUAGACUAAACAUGGAAUAACCUAUUCGUAAAUGCCCUCCUCAAACUUCUCCGGGUCGUAAAACCUCGCACUUAUAGUAUUCCCAUUAAACAUCCUCCCCUCCAACGCAUUCACCGCCCUCAACCCACUCAACUGGCUCGUAAACUUUACAAACACAGUCCCCCUCCACCCCUCUCGGCGGUGAAUAAACACCCUCUCCACAUUCCCAUACUUCUCUCCACACUCCUCCCCAAUUUCUUGCAUGAUCCCUCCAUCCCCCGCCCCCUCCACUUCGGAGUCUAAAUCCAUACCAUCCACCAUCCCCUCCAAC